GCAGGAACAUUCCAGCCGCCUGACGCCGAGCUUUUUAAACCCGAGUUCUCGUGUGUCCGCGCCGCCGCCCGCGUCCUCCUCCGCUGACUCUCCCUGGCUUCUCCCCGUUUCUCUCCUGAAGGGUCCGGAGCUCAUGACAGGAACUGCGCCUGCUACUGCGCAUGUCCUCAAACUUCCCCGAAGUUGCUCGUCCUUUCAACUUUUUGACUUUUAAAGCGGCGCGAUGAUGAGCAACAGCGGCUACUUGGAGCCGCAGCAGCUGCCCCUCUUCUUCCAGAGCCAGGACACGGGCGAGGAGGAGGAGGAGGAGGAGAUGCCGGCCACAGAGAAGGACCUGGCCGAGGACGCGCCGUGGAAGAAGAUCCAGCAGAACACCUUCACCCGCUGGUGCAACGAGCACCUCAAGUGCGUCAAUAAGCGCAUCAAUGACCUGCAGAAGGACCUGAGCGACGGACUGAAGCUGAUCGGGCUGCUGGAGGUCCUGAGUCAGAAGAAGAUGUACCGGAAGUACCACACCAGGCCGAACUUCAGGCAGAUGAAGUUGGAGAACGUGUCUGUGGCGCUGGAGUUCCUGGAGAGAGAACACAUCCGCCUGGUCUCCAUCGACUCUAAAGCCAUCGUGGAUGGAAACUUGAAGCUGAUUUUGGGUCUGAUCUGGACCCUGAUUCUACACUACUCCAUUUCGAUGCCAAUGUGGGAAGAUGAGGACGACGAAGACGCUAAGAAACUGACUCCCAAGCAGCGGCUGCUGGGCUGGAUUCAGAACAAAGUGCCACAGCUGCCCAUCACCAACUUCCACCGAGACUGGAGAGAUGGGAAAGCUCUGGGAGCUCUGGUGGACAACUGUGCACCCGGUCUCUGUCCAGACUGGGAAACUUGGGAUCCCAGUCAGCCAGUGGAGAACGCCAGAGAGGCCAUGCAACAAGCUGAUGACUGGCUUGGAGUUCCUCAGGUCAUCGCCCCAGAAGAGAUUGUGGACCCCAAUGUGGACGAGCACUCGGUGAUGACCUACCUGUCUCAGUUCCCAAAAUCCAAGCUCAAGCCCGGCGCUCCCCUGAGGGCGAGGACCCUGCACCCAAAGCUGGCAAAAGCUUUUGGACCAGGUAUUGAGCCCCGCGGUAACGUUGUGCUGAAGCCGGCUGAGUUCCUGGUGGAGACUGUGGAGGCGGGGCUGGGCGAAGUUCUGGUUUAUGUAGAAGAUCCCGAGGGACACACUGAGGAGGCCCGAGUAAUCGCCAACAAUGACAAGAACAGAACCUACUCUGUGGUCUACCUUCCCAAAGUAGAAGGGCUUCACAAGGUGAAAGUGCUGUUUGCUGGGCAGGACAUUGAUAGAAGCCCCUUCAUGGUGAACAUCUCCAAAGCUAUGGGAGACCCCACAAGGGUUCAGGCCCGCGGGCCGGGUCUGCAACCAACGGGGAAUUUGGCCAACAAGCCGACAUACUUUGAUAUUUACACAGCAGGUGCCGGUGCAGGGGAUGUAGGCGUGGUCAUUGUGGACUCUCACGGCCGCAGGGACACAGUAGAGAUAGUGCUGGAGAACAAAGGUGACAGUAUUUUCCGCUGCACCUACGUUCCUGUGUUGGAGGGGCCGCACACCGUCUGCGUGACGUUUGCCGGACAGCAGAUUCCUAGAAGUCCUUUCACCGUUCAGAUCUCAGAGGUUUCACAGGGCGUCCCUCCUUCUGGGUCUCCGGUGCAGUUUGUACCCCAAACUGGUCGCACCCCUCCCUCAGACAAGGCCAGAAGGGCCCCCCCUCCGACACCACCCAAACACAGGCGCCCAACCUGCAACCCAAACGCCUGUCGAGCUUCUGGGAGAGGUUUGCAGCCCAAAGGACUGAGAAUCAAAGAAGUCGCAGAUUUCAAAGUUUAUACCAGAGGAGCAGGCAGCGGAGAGUUGAAAGUGACCGUCAAGGGACCAAAGGGUCAGGAGGAGCCAGUGAAGGUUCUGGAGUUGGAGAACGGACAGCACGAGUGCAACUACUACCCUGUCAUGACAGGAAAAUAUGUCAUCAUCAUCAGCUGGGGGGGUCACAGCAUCCCCCGGAGCCCCUUUGAGGUCCAUGUGAGUGAGGAGGCGGGACCUCAGAAGGUGCGGGCCUGGGGUCCAGGCCUUGAGACUGGCAUGGUGGGAAAGAGCGCUGAUUUUGUGGUGGAGGCCAUUGGAACAGAAGUCGGGACGCUUGGUUUUUCCAUCGAGGGUCCAUCCCAGGCAAAGAUCGAGUGCGAUGAUAAAGGUGACGGCUCAUGUGACGUCAGGUACUGGCCCACCGAGCCUGGGGACUACGCGGUUCACGUCAUCUGUGAUGAUGAUGAUAUCAAGGACAGCCCCUUCAUGGCUCACAUCCUCCCUGCUGCCGGCGACGUCUUCCCAGAAAAGGUUAAAUGUUAUGGAGCGGGUUUAGAGCCGAUUGGCUGCAUUGUCAACAAGCCUGCUGACUUCAGCAUCGACACUCGGGGGGCUGGCAGAGGGGAACUGAAGAUUUAUGCCCAGGAUGCCGAAGGGUUCCCCAUCGACAUUCAGAUCACAGACAAUGGAGACGGCACCUUCUUCUGCGUUUACAUUCCCAACAAACCCAUCAAACACACCAUCAUCAUCACAUGGGGAGAAGUCAACGUCCCCAGCAGCCCCUUCAGGGUCACCAUCGGCGAAGGCAGCUAUCCAGAGAACGUCAAAGUUUAUGGCCCUGGAGUGGAGAAGAUGGGUCUGAAAGCUAAUGAGCCAACGUACUUUACAGUGGACUGUGGGGAGGCAGGACAAGGUGACGUCAGCAUCGGGAUCAAAUGUGCCCCUGGUGUGGUCGGACCUGCUGAGGCCGACAUAGACUUCGACAUCAUCAAGAAUGACAAUGACACGUUCACAGUGAAGUACACGCCACCUGGCCCUGGUCAGUACACCAUCAUGGUGCUGUUUGCUGAUCAGGAAAUUCCUGUCAGCCCCUUCAGGAUCAAAGUGGAACCAUCAUAUGAUGCUGCCAAAGUCAGAGCAGAAGGACCCGGACUCAACAAGACUGGUGUGGAGGUUGGAAAGCCGACUCACUUCACAGUUUUCACCAAAGGAGCAGGAAAAGCCAAACCUGAAGUCCACUUCACCUCAGCAGUGAAGGGUGAGGCUGUGAGAGAUUUUGAGAUCAUCGACAACCAUGACUACUCGUACACGGUGCGAUACACUGCCGUGUAUCAGGGAAGUUUGUCCAUCUCCGUCUGUCAUGGGGGAGACCCCAUACCCAGAAGUCCAUUUGUCAUCUCGGUCGCGCCUCCUCUUAAUCUCAACAAAGUCCAGGUUCAGGGUCUGAACAGCAAGGUGGACGUUGGGAAGGAUCAGGAGUUCAGUAUCAGCACCAGCGGAGCCGGUGGUCAAGGACAACUGGACGUGAAGAUCCUGUCUCCGUCACGUCGGCCAAUCCCGUGCAAGCUGGAGUCCGGCGUCGCCAAUGAUGUCUACACUGUGAAGUACAUUCCUCCGGAAGAGGGUACCUACCGGGUGGACAUCAGUUACGAUGGAAACCCUGUUCCAGGAAGUCCCUUUGCUGUGGAGGGCCUCAUGCCACCGGACCCCUCAAAGGUCAGAGCCUUUGGUCCUGGACUGCAGGGUGGGACGGUGGGCAAACCUGCCCCCUUUGCCAUUGACACAAAAGGAGCUGGUACUGGUGGACUGGGUCUGACUGUGGAGGGUCCAUGCGAAGCCAAAAUCGAGUGCCAGGACAACGGUGAUGGCUCCUGUUCUGUGUCCUACCUGCCAACAGAGCCGGGCGAAUAUGCCAUCAACAUCCUGUUUGCUGACCAGCACAUCCCCGGCUCGCCGUUCAAGGCCAUGGUCCAGUCUGAGUUUGACCCCAGCAAAGUCACAGCCAGUGGCUCUGGUCUGGAGCGUGGAAAGGUCAACGAGGCCGGGUCUUUCAUAGUGGACUGCUCGAAGGCCGGAGAAGCAGAGUUGACCAUCGAGAUCAUCUCGGACUCUGGAUCAAAAGCUGAAGUUCAUGUCCAGAACAACGGGGACGGGACUUACUCCAUCACCUAUAUCCCACAGUUCCAUGGAAUGUACACACUCACCAUCAAGUAUGGAGGUCAGGCGGUGCCCAAGUUUCCUGCUCGCCUCCAGGUUGAGCCUGCGAUCGACACCAGUGGGGUGAAAGUGUAUGGACCUGGUGUGGAGCCCCGAGGCGUCCUCAGAGAAGUCACCACUCAUUUCACCGUCGAUGCUCGGCUGCUGUACAAAAUGGGUGGCAACCACAUCAAAGUGUCCAUCUCCAACCCCCUCGGUGCCAAUACUGACACCUUCAUCACAGACAAGGGUGACGGGACUUACAGAGUGGAAUACACGCCCUUUGAGGACGGUUUGCAUCUUGUGGAAGUGCUAUAUGAUGACGUACCAGUUCUGAAAAGUCCGUUCAGAGUGUCCGUGAUGGAAGGAUGUGAUCCGAGCCGAGUCCGUGCCUACGGUCCAGGCUUGGAAGAGGGUCUAGUCAACAAACCAAACCGCUUUACCGUCGAGACCAGGGGUGCUGGCACUGGUGGUCUCGGUCUGGCCAUCGAGGGUCCAUCAGAAGCAAAGAUGUCAUGUAAGGACAACAAAGAUGGCAGCUGCAGUGUUGAGUACAUCCCGUUCACCCCAGGAGAGUAUGAUGUCAACAUCACCUUUGGAGGCCUUCCUAUCCCAGGAAGCCCGUUUCGUGUUCCUGUCAGGGAACUUGUUGAUCCCAGUAAAGUGAGGUGUUCCGGCCCUGGAUUGGGAAGUGGAGUUCGCGCUCAUGUCCCCCAGACCUUCACUGUGGACAGCAGUAAGGCAGGUGUGGCACCGCUGGAGGUCCAGCUGUUCGGGCCAACAGGUUUAGCUGAGCCUGUCAACAUUUCUGACAAUGGUGAUGGAACUUAUACAGUCAACUACACUCCUGCCAAUGAUGGUCCGUACACAGUUUGUGUGAAGUACGCCGACCAAGAGGUCCCCCGCAGCCCGUUUAAGAUCAAGACUUUGCCAGCUCACGAUGCCAGUAAGGUUCGUGCCAGUGGUCCUGGCCUAAAUUCCUCUGGGGUUCCAGCUAGCCUGCCAGUGGAGUUCACCAUUGACGCCAGAGAUGCUGGAGAAGGUCUCCUGACUGUUCAGAUUCUGGAUCCAGAGGGCAAACCCAAGAAGGCGAACAUACGUGACAACCAGGACGGGACAUACACUGUUUCCUAUGUCCCCGACAUGGCAGGACGCUACACUAUCACCAUUAAAUAUGGAGGCGAUGAGAUUCCCUACUCUCCAUACCGGAUCCAUGCUCUUCCCACUGGAGACGCCAGCAAGUGUCUAGUGACAGUGUCUAUUGGUGGACAUGGACCUGGGUCAGGAAUUGGACCCACCAUUCAGAUUGGGGAAGAGACUGUCAUCACGGUUGAUGCAAAAGCUGCGGGGAAAGGGAAGGUCACCUGCAAGGUGUCUACUCCGGACGGAGCUGAGCUGGACGUGGACGUGGUGGAAAACGCAGAUGGGACCUUUGACAUUUACUAUACAGCACCGGAGCCGGGAAAGUAUGUUAUUACCAUCCGAUUUGGAGGAGAACACAUUCCCAACAGUCCCUUCCAUGUGGUGGCAAGUGAUACCAUACCAAUAAUAGAGGAACCAUGUGACAAGCUUCAGUUACAGAAGUCCUUCACCCCCUAUGUGGGAUACUCCCCGACUUGGGCCACUGAUGAGCCCAUGAGCCCUGUGGAUGGAUUGGAGCCGAUUCUCCGGCCAUUCAGUCUGGUGAUUCCAUUCACUGUGCAAAAAGGCCAAAUCACAGGUGAAGUGCGCAUGCCCUCUGGGCGAACUGCUUGCCCCACCAUCACCGACAACAAGGAUGGUACCGUCACAGUGAAAUACUCCCCAGUUGAGCGCGGCCUCCAUGAAAUGGACAUCAAAUACGAUGGAAUCCACAUCCCAGGAAGUCCACUUCAGUUCUAUGUUGACGCCAUUAACAGUGGUCAUGUGACUGCCUAUGGUCCUGGUCUGAGUCACGGGAUGAUGAACAGGCCCGCAACCUUCACCAUUGUCACCAAAGAUGCCGGCGAAGGAGGUCUGUCACUGGCUGUCGAAGGUCCAUCUAAAGCAGAGAUCAGCUGUAAGGACAACAAAGACGGCACAUGUACGGUGUCGUAUCUGCCAACUGCGCCCGGAGACUACAACAUCAUCGUCAAAUUUGAUGACAAGCACAUCCCUGGCAGCCCCUUCACUGCCAAAAUCACUGGUGAUGACGCCUUGAGGAUGUCACAGCUGAAUGUUGGAACAGCAACUGAUGUGUCACUGAAGAUCAUGGAGACCGACCUCGCCAGCCUGACAGCUACUAUCAGAGCACCGUCUGGAAGUGAAGAAUCUUGUCUGCUGAAGAGGCUUCCCAACCGCCACAUCGGAAUUUCAUUCACACCCAAAGAAGUGGGAGAACAUGUGGUGAGCGUGAAGAAAAGUGGAAAGCAUGUGACCAAUAGCCCCUUUAAAAUCAUGGUGGGUCCGUCUGAGAUUGGAGAUGCCAGCAGGGUGAAGGUCUACGGUCAGGGUCUGGUAGAGGGGCACACUUUUGAGGUGGCCGAGUUCAUCGUCGACUCCAGAAAUGCAGGCUAUGGAGGUUUGGGUUUGUCAAUCGAAGGUCCGAGUAAAGUUGACAUCAACUGUGAGGACGUGGAGGACGGAACAUGUAAGGUCACCUACUGUCCCACUGAACCUGGAAACUACAUCAUCAACAUCAAGUUUGCUGACCAACACGUCCCAGGGAGUCCAUUCACAGUCAAGGUCUUUGGGGAAGGCAGGAUGAAGGAGAGCAUCACCAGGAAGCGCCAGGCUCCCUCCAUUGCUACUGUGGGCAGCACCUGUGACCUCAACCUCAAAAUUCCAGGUAACUGGUUCCAGAUGGUGUCAGCCCAGGAGCGUCUGACGCGUACGUUCACGCGCAGCAGCCACACCUACACACGCACUGAGCGCACAGAGAUCAGCAAGACGCACGGUGGCGAGACCAAGAGGGAGGUGAGGGUGGAGGAGAGCACGCAGGUGGGAGAUCCAUUCAGAGAUGUGUUUGGAGACUUCAGUCUGGGGGGCUUCAGUGGGAAGACGGCAGGCGCCAGACCAUCUCUGCAUGAAGGUGAGGGAGGAAACCAGGAGAUGACGGCACAGGUGACCAGUCCCAGUGGGAAGUUGGAGGAAGCUGAGAUCAUCAGAGGGGAGGACAGCGCCUACAGCGUUCGGUUCAUACCUCAGGAGAUGGGGGCUCAUGUGGUGAACGUCAAGUACCGUGGGCAGCAUGUCCCCGGCAGCCCCUUCCAGUUCACAGUGGGGCCACUCGGGGAGGGAGGCUCACACAAGGUCCGAGCCGGGGGUACGGGCCUGGACAGAGGGGUCGCUGGAGUCCCAGCUGAGUUCAGUAUCUGGACCAGAGAGGCUGGAGCUGGAGGUCUGUCCAUCGCUGUGGAGGGCCCAAGCAAGGCUGAGAUCAGCUUUGAGGACAGGAAAGACGGCUCCUGUGGUGUGGCCUACAUCGUUCAGGAGCCCGGUGAUUAUGAGGUUUCCAUUAAAUUCAACGACGAGCACAUCCCUGACUCGCCCUUCAUCGUCCCCGUGGCGACGCUCUCCGAUGACGCUCGCCGCCUCACCAUCACAAGUCUGCAGGAGAUGGGCCUGAAAGUGGGUCAGGAGGCUUCGUUUGCCGUGCAGCUGAAUGGAGCCAGAGGUUUGAUUGAUGCCAAAGUCCACACACCGUCUGGUGCCAUGGAGGAAUGUUUCAUUACAGAGCUGGACAGUGAUCAACAUGCCAUCAGGUUCAUCCCCAGAGAGAACGGUGUCCACUCCAUUGACGUCCGAUUCAACGGCAGCCAUGUUCCUGGCAGUCCUUUCAAAAUCAGAGUGGGAGAGCCGGGUCAGGUGGGAGACCCAGGCAUGGUGUCAGCCUUUGGACCUGGCUUGGAGGGAGGGACCACUGGAGUGGCGUCAGAGUUUGUAGUGAACACGUGUAACGCCGGCUCGGGUGCCCUGUCUGUGACCAUUGAUGGACCCUCCAAGGUGAAGAUGGACUGUCAGGAGUGUCCGGAGGGCUACAAAGUCUCCUACAUGCCCAUGGCUCCUGGAAACUACAUGAUUUCUAUCAAGUACAGUGGGCCCCAGCACAUCGUCGGGAGCCCCUUCAAGGCCAAAGUCACAGGACCUCGGCUCUCUGGAGGUCAGAGCCUCCAUGAGACAUCGUCAGUUCUGGUGGAAACUGUCUCCAAGUCUUCUUCAUCGAUGGGCGGGGUCUUUGCGUCGCUGCCCAAAUUCUCCUCAGAUGCUAGCAAGGUCAUCUCCAGAGGCGCAGGGCUGUCCAAAGCUUUCGUCGGGCAGAAGAAUGCGUUUACAGUUGACUGCAGCAAAGCAGGCACCAACAUGUUGAUGGUGGGGGUCCACGGGCCGAAGACGCCCUGCGAGGAGGUCUACGUCAAGCACAUGGGCAACAGGAUGUAUAACGUGACGUACACGGUGAAGGAACAGGGCAGCUAUAUUCUCAUCGUCAAGUGGGGGGACGAGAACGUGCCUGGCAGCCCCUUCCACGUCACCGUCCCGUAGAACUCUUCUUCUCACCGCUGUCAUCCUAACCCUCAGACUUUUCCCUACCGGUUACAGAAGAGAGCCCUCAACCUUUGAGCCAAAGUGUCGCUGCAGAUUUAUAUUUUUAUCAAUGGAUUUGUUUUUAUUCAUCAGUCUUGUGCUUUCACUGUGAGAAUAAACCUGGA